AUGAAGACGCCGAUUGCUGUUGUUGGGACCGCCUGCCGAUUUCCAGGCGAUGUAGCCUCCCCUUCGCAACUCUGGGAGCUAUUGUCCAAUCCAAGAGAUGUCCUUAGGGAUCUAGAUCCCGAAAGACUAAACCUCUCCAGCUUCCAUCAUCAUAACGGCGAGCAUCAUGGAGCUACAGAUGUCCCCAACAAGUCCUAUAUACUAGACAGCGAUGUACAUCGCUUCGAUGCUGGUUUCUUCAAUAUCAGUGCGGCGGAGGCGGAGGCAAUGGAUCCACAACAACGGCUGUUACUCGAGACGACUUAUGAGGCGCUCGAAGCUGCAGGAUAUACCUUGAACCAGAUGCGCGGCUCGCCCACCUCGGUGUUUAUUGGCGCGAUGACCUCGGACUAUCAUGACAUUCAAGCUCGCGAUUUGGACACAAUCAGCCGAUGGCAUGCAACAGGGAUAUCGCCGAGUAUCCUCUCAAAUCGCGUCUCCUACUUUUUUGAUCUGAAAGGGCCGUCCAUGACUAUCAAUACUGCAUGUUCCAGCUCCAUGGUAGCAUUGCACCAAGCGGUCCAAAGCCUGCGCAGCGGUGAUUGCAGCACCGCUAUUGUAGGUGGUGUCAAUCUCCUACUCGACCCGGAGGUUUAUAUCAGUCAUUCCAACCUACAUAUGCUGUCCCCAACGUCAAGAUGUCGCAUGUGGGACCGGGAUGCUGAUGGCUACGCCCGAGGGGAAGGGUGCGCCUCGCUCGUGAUCAAAACGUUGGAUCAGGCCUUGAACGAUGGUGACGAUGUAGAGUGUAUCAUUCGGGAGACUGCGGUCAACUCGGAUGGCAGAUCUGCAGGAAUUACGAUACCCAGCCCCGAAGCCCAGGCGGAGUUAAUCCGUCAUACGUAUGAACGCAGUGGCCUGGAUCCGGUUAAGGACCGGUGCCAAUAUUUUGAAUGCCAUGGGACUGGAACGCAGGCAGGAGAUCCCGUCGAGGCGCAAGCAAUCCAGCGGGCCUUCUACCCAAAGAACGUUGUCUUUAGUCCAGACGACAAACUCUAUGUCGGAAGUAUCAAGACUCUCAUUGGCCACCUGGAAGGCUGUGCAGGUCUCGCCGGCGUGCUGAAGGCUAUAAUGUGCCUGAAGAACCGGAAAAUCACCCCAAACAUGCUUUUUGACAACCUUAACCCCAACAUCACUCCAUUCUACGACCAUCUCAAGAUUCCAACACGCAGUAUACCCUGGCCACCCGUUGCCCAUGGCUCUCCCAUGAGGGCGAGUGUAAACUCCUUCGGUUUUGGAGGGACUAACACGCAUGCCAUUAUCGAGAGCUAUGUACCCCGCCAAUCGGAAAACCAAGUCAGUUACUGUAGACAAUCAACUGUCAAGGGACAUGCCAUCGCCGGCCCUUUCCUCUUCUCAGCACACUCUCAGGAGUCCCUCUAUUCAAACAUGGAACGAAUAGCGCGAUACGUGAAGAACAAUGCUGCAUUAGAUCUGGAUAAUUUGGCCUGGACCUUAGCCAAAAGAACCAUCCUGCCAUUCAAGGUCUCUAUCAGUGCCUUAAAUAGAGACGAGCUCAUUAGCAGUAUCGAGCAGGUCAUUGAAGAGUACAAAGCCAGCCGAAGCAGCGAACAAGGCCAGUUUCCACAGAAGCAGUCACCCGAACCACCACGGAUUAUGGGUAUUUUCACAGGACAAGGGGCACAAUGGGCUGGAAUGGGGCGUGAACUGCUACGUUCGUCUUUCAUUUUCCGCAACUCGAUCGAGCGCUGUGAGCGUGCUCUAGCAACUCUUCCCGAUGGCCCCUCAUGGUCCCUACAGGAGGAGCUUUUAGCAGACAAACCCUCGUCAAGCCUCUCUAACCCUGCAGUAAGUCAACCGGUAACGACAGCAAUUGAAAUAGCUGUCUAUGAUUUGCUGUGUGCCUCUGGAGUCCACGUCGAUCUGGUCGUGGGCCACUCGUCCGGCGAAAUAGUGGCCGCCCAUGUGCUCAACAUCAUUUCGGCAGAGGAUUGCAUGAAGAUAGCCUAUUACCGUGGUUUGCACUCCAAACCCGCGAAAUCGGGUGGCAUGCUCGCUGUGGGCCUUUCCUUCUCCGACGCCAGAGAUCUAUGCUCUCAGCCGUCAUAUUCGGGGAGGAUCGUGGUGGCAGCGAGCAAUGGGCCUCUGAGCACAACCUUAUCGGGUGAUUACGAUGCGAUUCUCGAAGUCAAGGCACUCCUUGACCGUAAGAAGACAUUCGCAAGAGCCUUACAGGUUGGUGUGGCGUAUCACUCACAUCAUAUGGUGCCCUGUGCUGCUACAUAUCUUGAAGCAUUGAAGGCAUGCAACAUCCAAGUGAAAUCACCCAGGAGCGGCUGUACAUGGAUCUCUACAGUAACUGGAAGCAGUGCAACCAUGAACAGGGAUAUGCAGGCCUUCUCUGCAAUUUACUGGGUCGAUAACAUGGUCAAGCCCGUCCUCUUUACCCAGGCAGUGGAGAGUUCACUUGGUGACUGUCAAAACCUUGGUGCAUGUAUCGAAAUUGGACCUCAUCCAGCUCUCCGUGGUCCAGUGUUGGAUACGUUGAAGCACAAAGGAUGGGCGAAUGUUCUUUAUACUUCGUUACUCCACCGAGGGCAAAAUGACCUCAAGGCUGCAUCAUCCGCCGUUGGUUGCCUCUGGGAACGGAUGGCUGAACAUUUGGACAUUGGGAGGUUUAUCCAGGCUGUCAGAAGCCAGACCCCCAAACUGAUGAAGGGGCUUCCAGCUUACUCUUGGGACCAUAGAAGGAGAUACUGGAGAGAGUCUCGCGUGUCGCGAAGAUACCGUCUCGGAGGUACGCCUGUGGACCCGCUGUUGGGUCGGCGAUUUGCCAGCGAAUUCCCAAACGAGAUGUGUUGGAGGAAUAUCCUACAUCUAAAGGAAAUGCCCUGGGCUGAAGGUUACAAGCAAAAAGGCCAAGUGGUACUUUCGACAGCCUUUUACCUCGCCUCUCUAUUAAGUGCAGCUAGUUCUGCAGUUGCACGGCAAAGCCUUGUAUUACUUGCGGUCAGCAAUUUCGUUGCCAUGAAACCAAUAUUUUUGGAAGAGCAUGGUGAUGGAGUAGAAUAUAUCACGGCAAUACGAUUUUCUGAAGAAAACAACGUGACAAAGUCAAGCACCAGACUAGAUGCCGAAGCUUCCUGUCAUGCCGAAGCCAGCCAGCCUGAUUAUGGCCAGCUACCCCCGAGGGAACAACAGAACCGCCUUCUCGCGCCGGUAGAUGUUGCCGAUUUUUAUGACUCAUUUGAACAGGCUGGCACAGGUUAUUCCGGACCCUUUCGAUGCAUAUCCUCGAUCCAGCGGUCUCUAGGUGAAGCCACCGCGUCUGCGGCUUGGGUGGCUGACAUGAUAACCCCGGAAUCCCUACUCCAUCCAGCUAAGCUAGAGGCAUCGUUUCAGGCAAUAAUGUGUGCCUUUGCCUCACCAUUGAGUAAGGGACUGUGGACUUCUUUUCAUGCAAAGGAGGUUCGUCGAGUCCUCGUUCGCCCUUGCCUUUCCCUGGGAACCCUUGAUUGCGAAAUCGACGCUUUUGUUACUGGAUUCGACAGUGACAGGGUAGAAGGCGAUGUGUCGCUGUACAAUCCAGAGGGGGAGGCUAUCGUGCAAGUCGAGGGCUUGGUUAUGAGGAGUAUCCCUCGACCUGAUACUUCGAAAGACCGUAACCUGUUCUCACACGUGGUGUGGGAGAGUGACCCUUUUGGACCUUCAUUGAUCUCUCCAUAUCAUACCCCGAAGGAGGAGAUAGUGUGGAGAAGCGCAGCAGAUAUAAUCGCCUUGUAUUAUGUCCAACGAGCACUCGACAAGAUUGACCCACACGAAUCUGCAAGGUUUAUGCCUCAUCACCAACUCUUAUAUUAUGAGAUGAGUCGCAUUGCUGCGGAUGGUAAGGGCUCUGAGUACUACGUUACUUACCCAGAUCAUACCCAAACGUCGGAGGAGAGUAUACUCGUAAUGAUCGACAAACUUGCUGCGACUGUGGAUUUUCAGUCAAUCCAUUCACUCGGCAUGUCGUUGCCAGCGAUCCUGAGAAGAGAAAUAGACCCUCUUGCCAUGUCGAACGGAGCUGACACCCUCGACCGCUUAUCUCAAACUCGGGGGAUGCUUUCUCUGCUGAAUAACGACAUUUGUUCUAUUGUCAACCGAAUUGUGCACAAGCAUCCACACAUGGAUGUUCUCGAGCUUGAUGCGGACACUGCUGUGAUCACCCAACAAAUAUUGAAAUCUCUAGAUGAUAGGUAUACGUCCUAUUGUCUGAGCAGCACGUCUCCAGUAUCACUCAGCCAGACAGCGGCCAAGCUGUCUACUCAGCACCGCAAUCUAUAUUCUAAGGUCAUUGACUUUACCACGCUCGAUGUUAAUGAAUAUGGCAGCGAGAAGUAUGACAUGGUAAUUGCUGCCAAUCCGCUCAAUGCAACUGAUGCAUCCACCAGUCUCUUUGAAGGAUGCCGCGCAAUGCUGAAGCCCGGUGGCUACCUUGUGUUCAUUAGGCUUGCCGGUCAAAUGCCAGUGUCGUUGUUGUAUACCUGUGGCUUGCAUCCCCAGUGGUGGCAAGGGUACGAUCAUGACGCUCAGUCUUGGCCAGAUAUGUCAACCGUUAGAUGGGACGCACAACUCCGCUCCAAGGGGUUUUCAGGCAUCGAUCAUAUAUUUCAGCGCUCGGCGCAUCCAAACGGCGACGGCCUUUCAGUCGUGAUUACUCAGGCAGUCAAUGACACGGUCAUGAUGCUUCGUGAGCCAAUGAGUUCGACAAGGCUGGCGCCGCUGACGGAGACUGUGGUCUUCCUUGGGGGAAGGACACUUUUAGUAGCACGCCUCCUCCAGGGUAUUCAAAGAAUCCUCGCCGCAUCGGGCAUCACAACCGCAAUAGUGGAAGACAUUCACCAGCUGGACCUGAAUGGUCUAACAAAGAAACAUUCAAUCAUCUCCCUGGUGGAGCUUGACGAGCCGUUCUUCUCCAGAGGCCCCUACCACGAAAGGCUCCUGACUUUCAAAGAGCUUGUAGCCAGGUCCAAGCACAUCCUUUGGCUGACAACUGGAAAUAUGGCAAGCAUAAGUGUUGCUAUCGGGAGAGCAAUGAGAUCACAAAGGGGAGAUGAUAUCAGCCUACAAUUCCUAGACUUGUCCACCGUGGCAAACGUUUCGCCUGCCACUAUCGUUGACGUCUUCUUACGACUCACAUGGUCUUUCGUGCCCAUGUUGACGGACGGGCAACUGCUUUGGACAAAUGAACCUGAAUUACACUGGGAUGGUUGCACGCUUCGUAUUCCACGACUGGUGUGGGACCAUGGACGAAAUAAGAGAUACAAUUCCAGGCACCGAGAGCUUCGUCCAAAAGCUUGGCUCCCACCGAGAUCGGUGGAUCUCUCAUCCGAGGUGUCGGCCGGCUCAGUAGCCGUUCAAGUUAAAUAUUCCUGCUGUAUUUGUACAGAUGCCUAUCUUUGGUAUGGUACACGUGUCGACGGAAAGGGGAAUGCUGUCGGCCUUUCUAACCAUAUCUCAUCGGUCAUCCAAGCAAGGCCUGAGCAUGUUCACAGCACUGCCGACAAUGAUGACUUGAGCCCUGAUACAUUGCGAGCGACUGCUGGCUUCACUUUAGCAUAUUUGUUCUUGAAUUCUAUAUCUGGGCCGAUUCUUCUUUAUGAGCCUGAUGAGCUACUUGCUGCUGCUGUUGAGCAAGCGCGCGAGCCGCAGCAAACGGUUUAUUUUAUUACUUCAAAGUGCAAGGAUCCAACUAGAGGGUGGAUAGCAGUCCAUCCGCAUGCAUCGCGGCGUAUGAUUGAACGAGUUCUACCCAGUGUCGUGACGUCUUUUGUUGAUUUAUCUUCAUCCGAUGAUUGUGUGGUCACGAUUCUCCGCGAUAUAUAUUCUCAAACUCGGAUCCAGGCCGUGGACCUCUAUCGCCGUGCCCCUCUUGUGAAUCCUAGGCAGCUUAUCACGGAAAGUUAUUCUCAAGCAUGUAGUAGCUUAUCGACUCUGCCACAGCUACCUUUAGAGGUUACCUCUUGGACAGAAAUCCCAUCAGACAAUCCAUCCGUCGUUUAUCCAAAGGUGGUGGACUGGACGAGCCCUGUAUCGAUAACGGGCCAUGCCGAGGUCGUAGGGACCACCACUAUGUUCUCCUCAAGCGGAACUUACUGGAUGAUCGAUAUGGCAACACCACUUGGGUUGUCAAUUCUGAAGUGGAUGGCGAAAAAUGGUGCACGGACGUUUGUUCUGGCUAGCAGAAAUCCACGCGUGCAUGAAGCUUGGCUCGACGAAAUGUCUCGCCUGGGAGCUACUGUGAAGCCCUUGAAGAUGGAUGUUUCAAACAAAACGUCCACUUUGUCGGCUUUCAACCAGAUAAAGGAGACUUUACCACCCAUUGUAGGUGUCUGCUAUGCUCCCUUGGCUCUGUCCGAGCAAGGGUUUGAGUAUACUGUCGAAGACGAGGGAGGCCUUGGCGCGACUGCUAUGAUUAAUGCAGCAACGUAUCUUGAUGAGCUGUUCCCAGCACCAACACUAGACUUCCUCGUUAUCCUGACAUCAACUGUCUCUAUUGUCGGAACUGCAGAGCAGCUAGCGUCUCAUGCCUCGGCACUGUUUAUGACAAGCCUCAUUCAACGCCGAAGGCUGAGAGGUCUGGUGGGGUCUGUAUUGGCCCUGGGUAUGAUUGUCGAUGCUGGGUACUUUGCCAGGCAAGGCAAGGAGGCGAUUCAGCGCAUGAUGCACCAUGGCCAUGCACCUCUGUCUGAGUCUGACUUACAUCAUGCCUUUGGUGAGGUGGUAGCUGCUGGAGCACCCGACGCCGGAGGGAAUGCCGAGAUAUUCUUUGGACUUCAAAAGAAAAUUUUGCAGAUUGACAAGAGUGACGAGAGCGGCGAAUCCGCUUCUCUUUCUAACCAUCUGCUUUCACACUUCAUUACAAAGCGCUCUCCACCCAAAGAGAGGGAGUAUGCUAGACAGUCAGAUUCAACAUCACUCCUUAGUGGCCAUGGGCAGCUCCAAGAGUCGGAGCCAAGCCAAAAUGAAUACGACAGGUUGCUUGCGCGUUUAUCGGACAAGAUCAAGUCAAUGCUCCGGCUGACAGGACAGACAUUGGAUGUGAAUGUCCCCCUUCUGGACCUGGGCUGUGAUUCCCUCUUGGCUGUGGAUAUUCAGGCAUGGGUUGCGAAAGAGUUCGAUAUCGACAUCACUCCCAUGGAUACACUACUCGGCACUGUCACGGGGUUGUGCCAGAGGAUCAUCCAACAGCCUGAUACUCCAGGAAUAAUACCGCAAAAAGAAGACCGGCUUACCCAAGACAUCGAGUUCAUAGACGUUGCGACAACUAGAUCCAGCUCAGAGCACAACAGCUCAGUUCAAGACUUACCGCUCGAUGCCACUAGUUCGGAGUCUUCCUGUAACCUAUGCCCUUCUGACUGUGGAUCCAAACCAGAACGAAACGACUUGGAACCCAGGUUUACACGUGUCGAAAAGAUGUCUCCACACCAGUCGCAGAUCUGGUUUGCCGGCCAUUGGAUGAAGGACCCUACCCAGUACAACGUCGUUAUAUCGUACAAUGUUCAGGGAAGGUUUCCGGUCGACAAGUUCAAAGGAGCUUUGGAAGAGGCUGUCUCCCGGCACGAGUCACUGCGGACUGCCUUCUUUUCAGAUCCCAAUAAUGGUGACCUCCUUCAAGGUGUCUUAAAAACCCCACCACCUUUCUUUCAACAUGUCAGGACCUCAAGCGCUACCUCUGUGUCACAGGAGUUUGACAGGCUGGCGUCUUACCAGUGGCGACUAGAGGAAGGUGAAGUCAUGCGAGUUGCAGUGGUAUCUGUUGGACAAGACCAGCACACAGUCAUAUUUGCAUACCAUCACAUUGUCAUGGACGGGGCUAGUUGGUCCACAUUCCUACAUGACUUGAAGUGUUUCUAUGAGCAAAGACCACCACGUGAGGUUGCGCAAUAUGUUGACUAUUCUCUGAUGAUGAAUCGCAACAUCCAUCAUGGAACGUUCGCAAAGGAGCUAGAGUACUGGGAGUCCGAGCUUACACCACCGCCAGAAACGAUGCCUGUCCUCCCUCUCGCCACAAAGAAGACCCGUACACCAACAGAUAAUUUCAAGGUGCACACAACGACGCGGUACGUUAGCAUAGAAGUCACGGAAAAGAUCAAGCAAGCAAGUCGCACUCUUCGAGGCACCUCAUUUCAUUUCUACCUGGCCACAUUACAGGUCUUCCUCGCUGCAUUGCUGAAGAUCAAAAGUCUAUGCAUUGGAAUGAGCGAUGCCAAUCGCAAACACCAGCAGUUCACCGGCACGGUCGGCUAUUUUCUCAACAUGUUGCCGCUUCGGUUCGAGGUCGAGCAAACGGACAGCUUUGCCAAUGUGUUCCAGAAGACAUCUUCGAAAGUGAUGACUGCUUUGUUGAAUUCUUCAGUUCCCUCCAACUUAGUCGUGGACGCGCUGAAUCUCCCACGAGUGUCAAAUGUAACGCCUCUCUUCCAGGUUGCCAUAAACUACCGUGUGGGAGAGAUCACCAGGAUGUCCGUGGACGACUUUGACCUGAAUUACGACCGGAGUGUAAUGGGCAAUGCGCCGUACGAUAUCUCCUUCCAUGUCACGCCCUGCGCAAACGGGACCUCUAUUGUGGAAGUCAGCUGUCGGGACUAUUUGUACUCGCCCAAAGCCACGGAAGCAAUCAUCGAUCAAUACACAAGGCUACUUGAGGUUAUGUCUUCAGAUCCUUCAAUUCCUGUUGGGGGCAGUCUCGUCACUUCUACCCGCAUCAACGAGGAAGGUCUUUCGGUACAACGUGGCCAGCGGAUAUGUCACGGCUGGCCAGCGACCUUGGCCGAAAGGUUCAAGGAUAUGACUGAUCGAUAUGGGGAUAGAAUUGCCGUCACGGAUCACAGUGGCGAUUUCAGCUACUUGCAGCUCUACGCGAAGAGCACUCACAUUGGAGUAGCUCUGCUUCAAAAAGGAGUCCGAACUGGAGAUGCAGUCGCGGUUUUAUGCGACCCGUCAAUCAACUCGGUGGCGAGUAUGCUAGCAAUUCUCCGCAUCGGUGCGAUUUAUGUGCCCCUCGACCUCAGCCUUCCCACUGCAAGACACAAAGCUAUGGUAUUGGCCUUCCCUGUCAGAGCACUUGUUUGCUUCUCUUCUACUGCUGAAGGUGUCUCAAAAUUAGGAAUUUCAACCGUUCUCAAGCUUUCCGAGAUUCCUGACAUUCGAGCUCCACCCACAAUGUUCACCGACAGUGCACAGGGUGACGCUUUGUCCAUUCUGCUGUACACCAGUGGCUCAACAGGUCAACCAAAGGGCGUAUGCCUGUCACAGAGCGGCUUCAUUAACUACCUCGCUGCCAAGAGGGUAGAGCUCGGUCUUGAUAGUUCGACGGUUGUCCUUCAACAAAGCUCACUGGGAUUCGAUAUGGGACUUGCACAGACGCUCAAUGCCAUCAUGAACGGAGGAAAGCUUGUCAUUGUAUCCCAGGAAGUACGAGGAGAUUCGAUUGAAAUUGCAAGAAUUAUGCGCGACCACAGCGUAACUUUCACACUUGCCACUCCGUCCGAGUACCUCGUCAUGCUUCAACAUGGUCGUGAAUACCUCAGUCAUUACACCGGAUGGCGCCACGCCUGUCUGGGUGGUGAGCCUUUCACGGACCAGCUCAAGCGGGAGUUUGUGCGGCUAGGAAAGAAUUGUCCUGUAGUGCAGGACUCCUACGGUGUGACCGAGAUUUCCGCGUGCACGACCUUUGAGACGAUGUCCGUCUCACGGCUCGAAGGCGCACAUAGCGUUGGGCGAACAAUUCCAAACACUUCUCUUUACAUUGUGGGCCCUGACUGCAAUCUUGUUCCCACUGGAGAGCCCGGGGAAAUUUGUAUCAGCGGCGUUGGGGUUGCAUUGGGGUAUCUGAAUGAGGAGCAGACCAGGUUGAAAUUCGUACAAGAUCCGUUUGCUUUGCCCGAGGAUAUAGCCAGAGGGUGGACCCGAAUGUACCGUACCGGCGACAAAGCCAAGCUGCUAGAUGACGGUUCUCUAAUUCUCUUGGGCCGAAUGGACGGAAACACAGAGAUCAAGGUUCGAGGACUUCGUAUUGAUCUUGAAGACGUGGCUUCCACCAUGGUAAACUGUCACCCGAAUUUGCUGUCAUCAGCCAUCGUGUGUGUCAAGGGCCAGGGCGUCUCGGAAACGCUCGUCGCCUUUGUUGCCUUGAUGCCUGGUCAGACUGCUAGUGAUGUCGAGCUACAACAUCUCGCCAGCAACCUCCCUUUGCCACAAUAUAUGCGCCCUUCAACAGUCAUCUGUCUAGAUGAGCUACCCCGAAAUGCGAACGGAAAGAUUGAUCGCAAAGGAAUAGAUGCCAUGCCAUGGACGGCGCCAACCACCAUGAGCCAACCGUCAAAACGGCUCACGUUGGGCGAGGGUGAGCUUAAGCUUCUUUGGCAAGUUUUGCUGCCUGGUAAGCACAUUCACCCCGAGUCUGACUUUUUCCUUCUCGGAGGAAAUUCCACGCUGCUGGUCAGGUUACAAGGUGCAAUCCGCACCUCUAUCGGGGUGUCAGUCACUCUCCGGGAACUGUAUGGUGCCAGCACACUGGCACAGAUGGCGCUCAAGGUUGAUGCCCGGAAAGCUGAAGCACCAUCCAUGACGAUCAAUUGGCUCGCGGAAACAGCUAUACCGCAAAAUAUCCUUGAUCGCGCCAGCUCAACGUCAAGCAUCAAGCUAUCUAAGCAUCGCCAAGGAUCAGGUUGUCAAAUCCUCCUUACCGGUUCGACUAGCUUUUUGGGGAGAGUGCUGGUGCAGGUUCUCCUCCAGGUGCCCGAAGUGGAAAGAGUGCAUUGUAUCGCCGUGGAAAAGGAUCAGGAGCACGUGCUUCCCACCAGUGACAAAGUAUCGCUCUAUUAUGGAACCCUUCUCGACCCAAUGCUAGGUGUUUCUACCGCAGAAUGGGCGUUCCUACAAGAUUGUAUCGACGUAGUGAUCCACAACGGCUCGAAUGGUCACUGUCUUAACACUUACAACUCUUUGAAAGCGCCAAACCUGGGCUCAACCCAUCGCCUCGCCCAGUUCUCCCUACAAUCGCAAGCCCCCCUGCACUACAUUUCUUCCGGGAGAGUCAUCCUUCAGUCUGGGCAAACCGCCCUCGGGCCCACAUCAGUAUCCUUUCACCCUCCUCCGCUCGACGGGUCUGACGGUCUCACUGCAACGAAAUGGGCUAGUGAAGUCUUCCUCGAGCGCUUCGCCGAGCACACUGGUAUCAGCAUUAGUAUCCACCGUCCUUGCACCCCCAUCAGCGAUCAAGCUCCAGCCCAGGACGCAUUGAACUCGCUCCUACGCUACUCUGUCCGACUCGGUGCGACCCCCCGCCUCACAAGAAUGGAAGGAUACUUGGACUUCCAGAAAGUAGAGAUCAUUGCGGAGGAGAUCGCUACGCUGGUGACAUCUAGGUUCACCCAGCGUGCGACUGCAGCAUCGUCUACAACGGCCGGGGUGUCCUUUUUCCACCAUUCGAGCAAUGUCAGGGUUCCUGUGAAGAGUUUCAAAGAUUAUAUGGAAAGAGUGCACGGUCGGUCAUUCCACGAACUCGGUUUGCGGGAAUGGAGCUCGCUGGCGUUGGAACAGGGCAUCGAGCCACUUAUUCCUAGUUUCUUGGAAGCGGUCGAUGAUAACGAGGAAACAUUGCGAUAUCCUUAUCUGGGUGAAUAG